CACGUAAGCCAUCGCGUUUGCGGCACGCGUUCCAUGGUUAAAUAAUCCCGUCUACAUAUGCACACGAACAAAAAAACCCCUCGUCGCUCUAAUCUCUAUAGAUCCUUCCAAUCUCUAUCGUUCUCUCAUCUUCGUCGUUCCGGAAUUUUUAGCGAUCGUUCUCCGACAAAAGCCAUCUUGGUAGAGAAAAUGGAAGGUGGAGAAACCUGUGACAAAGGGCUUUUAUCAAACAUCACAUAUGGGCUUGUGGGACAUCAAACGGGAUACCCUGUUGAGUGUCCCUAUCCCCCCCCCCCACUUGUGGCAUACCCACCACCAGGAUAUCCUCCAGCAGCUGGCCCAUAUGCACCGUACGGCUACCCUCCACCAGGAUAUCCCCCUUAUGGAUGCCCACCAUCUCGAUAUCCACCUGCCGGUGGAUACCUGCCGGCAGAUGGAUGCCCAGCAGCAGGUUUUCCGGGUGCUGGUCCUUGUGUUCGUCCAUGGCAUGGUAUUCGUCAUACGGCAUCUAUACUAUUUUUUCUAACACUUCUUGAUCUGUUUGCUGCCCUUGUUCAAUCAUCAGAAAUCAUAUGGUCAUGGAGCUAGUAGCAUGGGAGCACCGAUACCUGGGGGUGCGGCUGCUGCUUACGGGGCUCACUCUAUCACUCAUGCGUAUCAUCAUCAUGGUCAUGGGAUGCCCCAUGGAUGCCAUCAUUGUCAUGGGAUGUUCCGUGGAUGCCAUCAUGGCAGGUUCUAGCAUGGCAAUUUGGAGCAUAGGAAGCAUAUGAGGUUUGGGAAGCAUGGAAUAUUUGGAGGGAAACAAUGUAUUAUCAGCAAGUUAUUUGUUAAAGGUUUCAAAUGGUCGACAUUGCUGGUUCAGCUUUAUAUCACUAAUGACUAUUGUAUAGGUUUCUGUCGACUCUAAGAAUAUUAUGACCAUGUCAUCCGUGGACACUACAUAUCUCAUGCAUUAUAUGGUUUUCUGGGUGGAUCUUUUUU